GUGACCUGCUUACAAUAUCGAUUCAUAUAUUCAUAAUAAAGUUAUCUUGGGUGUGCUUGACUAACUCAAAAUUUGGCUUGAAUUGAUUAAUCGUAUCUAAAAUGAGUUAUGAGGAGGUUUGCUUACCAAAAAAUUAUGGUGGAUUAGGGCUGAAAAAUCUUGCUAAUUGGAAUAAGGCAGUUAACGUGAAUCUGUUAUGGGUAGUGAAGAUGAAGAAAGACGUGUUAUAGCUGAAAUGGAUCCACAAUAGGUAUCUCAAGAAGAACACAAUCGGGGAGAUAAGUCCUAGACCAGACACUUGCUAUUACUGGAGGGAAUUACUUUAUACUCAAUACUAGAGAAGAACUCAGACAUGCCAAGGAAUGGAGAUUAUAUCACUAAGUAAGGGCAUGUUUGGUUGAUGGGUAAUAAAAGCAAGUGUCUUGGACAGAUGAUGAGCUUUUACCCUAAUCACAUGUCAUUAUGGUGUUAUUUAUGUACGGUUGUUGAUGAUCAUUUUUUUCGUUAUUUUAAGUUAAGCAAUAUUAUUACUUUGUUUUUUAAAAUUUUUUUUAAUAAUGCAUUAUUUUUAACGCUAAUAGUGUCUGCUAUUCAGAUUUAUCUCAUUCUAGGAAACCCAGACAUGCCAUUGGUACGAACAAGCCAACCCAGACAUGCAAGGAGCAGAGAACUUUAGAACAGCAUAAAACUCUUUUACAAAGAGAGAGGGUUCAUGUGAGUUUAUGUUUUUCGUACUAAUGUGAAUUGGAAUUCAAAAUAUUAACCACCAUUCUUAUCCUAAAUUAGACCAGAUUUGAUUAGUAACUCUCUAAGUAAUAUCAAUCUUUGCUCUUUAGAUUAUGAGUCAGAUUUUGUACCAUAAAAUGUAUCACAUGUGAUAUUGUAAAAUAUAUUUUUGUUAUUUAUUAUCAGAGUUUUUUCGUUGAUACGACUAAGGAAGACGGUAAUUAUAGUACUUGUACUUCUACGCCUCCCAAUGCAUCCGCUCAAGAAAGAGCUACAGAAAAGGUAUGUCAGUAUGUACUUAAACACAAUUUUGUAUACUAAUGUAUAUUAGAUUUUUUUCACAUAUUAUAUAUGCGCUUUUUGUUAUUAGAGUUAUUCCAUUGGUACAAACAAGCCAACCCAGACAUGCAAGGAGCAGAGAACUUUAGAACAGCAUAAAACUCUUUUACAAAGAGAGAGGGUUCAUGUGAGUAUGUUUUUCGUACUAAUGUGAAUUGGUAUUUAAAAUAUUAAUCACCAUUCUAAUCCUAAAUUAGACCAGACAUGAUUUUACAAAGUUUGUAUUUGUUAUUUAUUUUCAGAGUAAUUUCACUAAUGCUGUGAGCAAGUUAGGAGAAGGUGGAUAUAUUGCGUUUACUCCCACGCGUGAUAAUGCAUGUACUGAGCGGAGAGCUGUAGAAAAACAGAAGAUGCUUAUAAAUGCCGACCAAUUAUCUCGUGCUCAAAUUGAGUUAUUGGUGGAUACAGUCCUGACACUUUACCCUCAAGAAGUUCAAAUGUAUCAAUCUUUAACAAAGAAAGAACUCAGUAUUGCUUACUUGGAGGGAAUGGCUGCUAGUUUAUGUAAGAAUAAGGCAGAUCAAAAAUUGUUAAACAUUGUCCUUCGUGACAAGUUGGAGGAAACAACACAUGUGCAAUGUCAAUCAAAGGAUAAUAGCACGAAAAAAGGGCAAUAAGUGGUGGUUCAAGCUGGAAAAGAUGGUGUCAACCUAGCUCUACCAAUCUUUUUGCACACAUAUAUGUAUAUUAAUUUGUUUCUUCUCCUAAAUUUUGAUACAUUUGGAUAUAUUCAUAACUCAUGUUUUUAGACACAAAAUGUUGGAUGAUUGACUUAUUGUUAGAUCUUAGUAUUUAAAUUCUAAUAUAUACUUUUUGUUUUU